GCAUGUUUUAAUGGUAGAGGCAAGAUGGCGGACGAAGGUGAAAAUGGUGGACGGAAGCACAAGGAGGUGGCUCGCAUAUUUAAUAUCUUACCUGAAAGACAAGCAAAGGUGAAUUACUUGCUUGCAACACAAGAAAAGGCAGAAGCGGCCAAGGAAGAAAAGGCAAAGAAGGAUGAUGCUUUCUACUGUGUUUGUCGUACUUCAGACACCAGCCGAUUUAUGAUCUGUUGUGACAAAUGUGAUGAGUGGUUCCACGGGGACUGUAUUGGUAUUACAAAGUUGGAGGCAAAAGAAAUCAAGCAGUACUAUUGCAGGGAAUGUCUAGGUAAGCUAUCCUCUUUAAAGAGCCACACACUAUUUUUGACUUGCUUUUAUACUGAAGAAAGAGUAGUGCUCAGUCAGUUAAUCACACAGACAGACUGUCAGACACAGUCAAGACAAUCACAAGUUAGUCACAAUCAGACAGUCAGUCCAUCAAUCACUCAGACAGACAGUAUGAGAGUCUGUCAGUCAGUCAGUCAGACAGACUGUCUUACUGUCCAUUGCACAUGUUUUCAGGACAUGAAGAAGUUUGGUGGCCCCAACAAGAUGAGACAAAAAUGUCGCCUACGGCAGUGCCUUCUGAAGUCAAGGGUUCUGUUAAGAGGUGGCUCCACCUACAGGGACAUGCUAAAAGGAGAAGAGGCUAGGAGAGAAGAUCUUGACAUUGACAUAGAGAGUUUGACUCCAAGAAAACAGCGCAAAGCAGUGAAGAUGAAGCAUGCAAAGUCAUCUGAAAGUAGAAAGGAAAAGUUAAGGCAAUCCUGCGACAGACCACGCAAACGAAAGAGAAUUAUGUCUAACGAGGAAAAGAGUAGAAUGUCCAUUGAAUAUGCUGAUGAGAGAGAAAGAGAUGAAGUUCCACGUCAGUGUUAUGGACCUGGUUGCACUAAAGCUGCUCGCUCUGGUUCAAAGUAUUGCAGUGAUGAGUGUGGAAUUCAGCUGGCUGUCAGACGUAUUCAAGAGAUUUUACCGCAGCGUAUGGCACAGUGGAAAAAAACUGCAAGUGUUGCUGAUCACAAGGCUGAAGAAUUUCUAACGAAACUAGCGAAAAGGAAAGAGGAAGCCCAGGAGAAGCUGUUAGAACUUGACAGACAAAGCAACAAACUUGAUGCUUUUAUAGAGAAGUCCAAGAACGCAACUAUUGAAGAAUCAGAGGUAAUGAACAUAUGCAUCAAGAGAAUUUCUGCAAGUGACGUGUGUGGAUGUCCUCUGGUCAUUAACGUCUUCGAGGAAACUGGAGAUUUCUGUCGAGCUUCGAAAAGAAGGUGUUUAAAACAUUACAGCUGGGAAAAACUUCGCAGAGCAGAGAUUGAUCUACAAAGAAUACAACAGUGGCUGAAGCUUGAAGAGGCAUUUGAACAAGAAAGAUCACUAAGAUACUCUGCGGCCCAGAGAGGAGGAGUGUUGGAUCUUUGUUUAUUUUUCUUUUUCAGAAAUCUGUUCUGCGAUUACUACAAUUCUCAACAGAAGAUCUACUGUAAAAGACUCAGAGUCUUAUGUCCUGAACACACCAAGGAGCCUAAGAUUUCUGCAAGUGACGUGUGUGGAUGUCCUCUGGUCACUAACGUCUUCGAGGAAACUGGAGAUUUCUGUCGAGCUUCGAAAAGAAGGUGUUUAAAACAUUACAGCUGGGAAAAACUUCGCAGAGCAGAGAUUGAUCUACAAAGAAUACAACAGUGGCUGAAGCUUGAAGAGGCAUUUGAACAAGAAAGAUCACUAAGAUACUCUGCGGCCCAGAGAGGAGGAGUGUUGGGUCUUCUGCUACACGAGACGAUCUCUCACGAAUAACAAAUUUUCCGGCGAAGUUACUAAACAUUUUUCAGUACUUUGUACAAAUAAAAUAACUUAUUAAUAAAACCUUUGAACAAUUUAUAACUCAUAGGCUUUGCUUUAAUUAACAUUUUUGUGCCUGGAAAACAGCCAAAAUAGUCGGGGAAAUUAGUGACGUUUUGGCAAAUCUUCUUUGGAGCUCUCGUGCCGUUAAAGGAUUUUCAUUUCCGAUCAAAAUCUAGCACGGGCGCUCACGAGUGUUCCACAGAUUGUCACGUGACCAUAACGGAAAAAUUGAUCCUCUUAAUUAUCUCCCCGCCCCCGCCUAGUGAAAGUAUCUAAUGGAAGAAAAGGAUAAAACAGUAACGAAGCCGCCGAUCGAUCUAUAUUUAUGCAGCUGAAGAUGCGGGUGUUUGUUUUACUCACUUAGCUUUGGUCUGAUGGACAAUAGCAAGGGAACAGUAUCGAAAAUAUCUUUUAUCAUAAUUCUUCGAGCUGAUUGUUCAAAAUAGAUCACGUGACAGAUACAGUCAAAACUGGAUAUAUUAGAUAAUAUCCCCCAUGUCUUAUUACUUAGGCCCCGCGCGUCCACACGUAUCCGGAUAUUUUUGAAUCCGC